AUGGAAGGUAUAUUCUUCAACAUUGACUAUGGCUAUGUUGAAGCCGUUGUUAGAGGCUACAGAAGUGGUCUUCUCACUGCCAACCAAUAUGUCAAUUUAACUCAAUGUGACAAUUUAGAGGACCUCAAACUACAACUAUCAUCAACUGAUUAUGGCAAUUUUUUGGCCAAUUACUCAGGUCCAUUAACCACCUCAGUAAUUCAGGAGAAUUUAAACAAAAAGAUUUAUCAACAAUAUCAAUACAUUAGAAGUCAAUCUAGUGGGAAAUUGACAAGAUUUAUGGAAUAUAUUCAGUAUGCGUACAUGAUUGAUAAUGUUAUAUUGAUGAUUACUGGUACAUUACACGAAAGGGAUAAAUCCGAUAUUUUGAAAAAAUGUAACCCCUUGGGAUGGUUUGAUACGUUGCCUACAUUGAGUAUCGCUACUGAUAUUGAAAGCUUGUAUUCUACAGUAUUGAUUGAUACUCCCUUGGCGCCAUUUUUCAAAAACUGUGUCUCGGCUGAUGAUUUGGAUGAUUUAAACAUUGAAAUCAUUCGAAACAAAUUGUACAAGAAUUAUUUAGAAGCAUUCAUGAGUUUUGUGCAACGUGAAUUUGAUGGACCUGAUAAAGAAAUCAUGACGAGAUUGUUGACUUUGGAAGCUGACAAACGAGUGAUUAAUAUUGCAUUAAACUCGAUAAACAAUUCGCAACUUUCUAUUGAGGAUAAAUUGAGUUUGUUUCCACAAUUGGGUCAAUUGUAUCCUACUUAUCACAUUGAACUAGCUCAAACUGAUGAUUAUGAGCAAUUGAAAUUGAUUGUGGAAAAUAUUGGUGAUUUUAAGGAGCUUUUCAGUGAAAGUGCCGAUGGUAAUAGAAGUAUUGGUGAUGGAUUUUAUUUGUUGGAGUUGCAAUAUUGUCGAAAUGCAUUUACACAACAAUUCACUUUAAGUACAGUGUAUGCUUGGUUGAAAUCAAAGGAGCAAGAAGUGAGGAAUAUUACUUGGAUUGCUGAAUGUAUUGCUCAGAAUCAAAAGAGUAGAAUUGAAAAUUAUAUUGCCGUAUAUUGA